UUAGAUGUUCGCUUGAAUCGAUCAAUCAAAUAACAAAAGAAAGUUCCCCAAUCAAUCGUCUCAACUUCAACAGCGUCGCUGGAGAUCUGCGAAACCGAACUCGCACAGAUCAGGAGGAAAGAAGUUCAGAUUAGCACGAUCAUGGAUUAUGCAGCGCGUAGGAGUGGAGGAGGCCUCCUUGAAGGGCUUUACAGAGUAAUUAUGCGCCGGAAUUCCGUUUACGUCACCUUCAUUAUCGCCGGCGCUUUCGCUGGAGAGCGGGCUGUGGAUUAUGGAGUUCACAAGCUCUGGGAAUACAACAAUGUUGGGAAACGGUACUACGACAUUUCGGUUUUGGGGCAAAGACAAUCCGAAGAAUGAUAAUUGCCUCGAUGAUUCGGUUCUCGCCAUUUCAUUGUUUAUAACAGUCCUCUAAUUAAUUUUUUUGAAAUAAGUUUUAGAUGUUGGAUUGUGGGCACCUUAUAUAUUGACUCUUGAGCUUGGUGGUCUCUUUCGAUGUCGUUUCUCAUUAUUCAUGUUCAUCUAUGAAAUUACCAAUCAAAUGUUCCUCUUUUAUCGGGCUAUAUUAUUACAUAGCAAA